UCCUCUUACACGUAAUAUCUUGAUGACGCACCAUCGCAGUAACUACAUCCGGGUAACUGUGUUGACCUUGAUUGGUUGUUCAUCAUGGCGGCGAUCGUCAGGUUGAGUUCUGUGUGUCGCAGAGGAGUCAAACCUCUGUUUUACCAAAGCACUUUGCUGGCCAGGCCGCUGGUCGUACCGUACAAACACCAGGAGCAGCCGUACCAGCUGACGGCGAGGAUCCACUCGUCACAGGCUCUUUAUGCGGGUUCUGGAUCUAAAGCUGCCUCUCUGCACUGGACAGCAGAGCGAGUAGUGAGCAUCCUGCUGCUGGCCCUGGGACCGGCAGCGUAUUUCAGUCCCUCUCCUGUCAUCGAUUACUCGCUGGCUGCUGCUCUGACCCUGCACGGACACUGGGGUAUCGGGCAGGUCUUGACAGAUUACGUCCACGGCGAACCGAAGAUCAAGAUGGCCAACGCGGGUCUCUUCCUCCUCUCCACGGUCACCUUCGCCGGCCUCUGCUACUUCAACUACAACGACGUGGGCAUCUGCAAAGCCCUCGCCCUGCUGUGGAGCAAAUAAACAUAACUGUGGACUGGGAAAGUUGGGAGGACCUAGACAACUGGGACGGGACGGGAGCUUUGUGUUCCUGGCUGAUUGUAAAAAAUUCAAGGUGUUCUAUGUAAAUUCUUAUAAAUAUAUCAUUUUGACAAUAUUACAGCGAUUCACAGGCGUGUAAUUGUAAUUAAUGUUGAUCAGUUCGGGCUCGUCUCUGUGGUGAUGUCUCGCUCACGUAGUUGAGAAGUGGGUCGACAUCAGGCGUCCAUUUUUCUACAUCCGGCGUCCUCGGUUUAAGAUUUGUUCCCUCUGAAACUUUUUGUUCCUUAGCUCGUCCGUUUAUUUAAAAAUAUCACGACCAAUUUUACAAAUAUUUACAGGGGACAUCCACGGCUUCAACAAAACGGUGACAUUUGACAGCUAAUUUAUUGUUUUCUUGUGGCGGACUCGUUAAAUGUUUUGAUUCUCGAUGUGUACAUACUAUGUUUUGCUCUUAGACCCCUCGGGAGGAAGUCACCCUCCACACUAACCCACCUAGAAACCUAAUUUACACACACACACACACACACACACACACACACACACACACACACACACACACACGUCAUGAAUCUUGCACCAUCAGUCACAUGUUGUUCUGUGGUUUGCAGCAGAACAGAGGGUAUCGAGUAUUUCGUGCAACCAACGUGUUUAGUCAGGAAACUGAUGGGAUCAUUGCAUCGUUGGGUUUUUGUGCAGGUGCCAACUUUCUUACCUUUUCGUGUGAAGCUAAAAGGCACAGAUAUCCACUUUAAAACCUCACGUCUGUAGGGUUUUUUUCAUGUUCGUCUGAAAAAUGCUUCCAGAGAAUGAUUAGAAAGCACAGGGGGUGAUGCUGACUGAUGUUUUCAUCUGAAUUAGAGUGUUUAGUUUCUUUAUUAUCAAAGUUAUUCCAGUACUGAUACCUGCACGGGCACAGCAGCAGUAAUGAUGUUACCCAGCUGAAGACUGACUCGUUCCUACCUCUCUAAAUCAGCCUGCUUAAUAAAUAUGAAGUACGACUGCCUGCAGAGUAGAAAAGGUGAGCUGAUGUGUGGAAGCGUUUUCCUGUCGAACACCAAACAGCACAGAUACGACGAUCUGCAGUGAUCCUUUCUUAAUUUUCAGUCUCCCCGUUGUGACCCAGAUGAUAACCUGCCUGCUGCUCUGAGGGUUUAUUAAAAAGGUGUGGGGGGGGGGUCCAUCACAAAUUCAUCCAGCAAACACAACAGCUAAAGAAGUGUAGCGUGCACUUGUAAGGUAACAGUGUGUGAUCUAGAGCAGGGUCUGCUGCAGGAUGCCGUCCUCUGCAGGGGAAAUAUCACUCAGUCCAAUAAAAGCCUCGUCAUGCCGUAACGUCGUGUUUGACUUCAAACUGCUUCCACUGUGAGAGUGUGCAAACUGCAACAUUUAAAACAUGAUUCAAAAUGUUCAUUAGUUUUGAAUAUGCUUGGAAGUUUUUUUCUUAAAUGUAUAAAAAGCUUAAAUAAUAAAACCCUAAAUGCACGCGCAGGCUGUAUAAUCACGAGACGAAACGGCUUCCAGUGUUGUGCUUUCCUGAAACAUGUAGCGGUGCUCGCAGCGUUUCAUAGCUUCACACACACAAUCCUUGCAUGCAGCUCAUAAUGAAGGCAAGAAUCAGCGUUACGGGCUGAGUUAGCCUGUUGUCAUUUUGUUGCCUCUACGUCAGUCAUCGUUUGUAAUAUCUGUUCCAUUCAUGUCUGUUCAGAUUAUACGCACAAAAUAAGAUGUGGAAGGAAAAUGUUCUGUUCCUGCCUCAGCAGAAUAAAGCUGGCUUUACACAUUU